AUGCACGAGGAGGUCGUUUGGUUGGAGGUCGCCAAUGAAGGCGUUGUGGUCGAGUCCCCGGCCAAUACCGCCAACAGCACCACCCCCAAACCGUUCGCGAUGUCGGGCGAUGCGCCGGCUAUGGCGAUGGCAGAGGCCAAUGAAGACGAACCUGACCUCGUGGUCAUGGGAGAGAGGGUCGGGAAUGACCAGGAACAAGUGUCCGAGUGGCACAACACCAUGGUGGUGCUAUUCUUCGCUGAGACGCUCUCGUCUCACCUACCACGCGGAGCGGGUAUCGCUUCCGGUGAGGACUCGCUGCCCCCGUGGGACGGCGGCGACGUCCUCGGCAGCGAAAUGCCCGGAAUCGCCGACCAUUUGGCGGGCACGUUCAAAACCACGCCGUACGACGCCUUCGGCGUCACCGAACAGCUUGCGGCAUCGCCGAUGGAAGAUGGCGUUCAGACUGCUGCCGCCACCCUCACGCCACCCUUGCCCGUGGCCGUCGCCACCGCCAUUGGUGGCGACCAGGUGGCCGUUGCCACCGCAAUGAGCGACCAGGAAGACGACGAGGGCGGUUACGCUGCUACUCGUCUGGACUGGGAUGUACCAGGAGUAAUGCGACACACCAAUGUCGGCCCGCAGCUGCACAGGGCGGGUCGCGUGGAGUCUAACCCCUUUUAGGGCCGGACGACUGGUUGAAGGAAUGUUUCGGUGGGCUUGAGGCUACUUCACAUGGCUGACUAGUCCCGGAAGGCGUGAGGAGCAAGGUAGCCAGUCGGAGAGAACGGGGGAAUAAAUUUGUUGCACGUUACACUACGUUUUCCCGUCCACUCAUGACUUAGUUCUCUGUUGGGUGCAGUUCUCACCCUUUGCUUCGGAGCAUGCUUUUUCUGCUCUGCCUCAAGUCCAACAUCACCAGUGGCCACGGCCCGUGUCUGUCGCUACAUUUUGUUGUUCGAGUUUCUAUUAUUGAACAAAUCGUUUUGGGCAAAGAAGUAUGUAUGUGGUGAUGUUUCAUCUUUGUCUUAAUAUCGUCAUUCGCUAUGGUCCUGGACAGUUCCUCCUGCUGGCGAUGCUGUCUGACCUUGCUGCAUUUGAUGUUGCAGGGGUAGUCUACCCGAUGAGCGUCGUUGGUGUGGAAGGGAAAGAGAGCUGUUUAACCUUGCCAAUACUGGUGCUGCAGGAUUGCCAUAGCUUGGCGGCAUUGGUGUGGAAGGGAGAGGGGCACGAAGAUCAUGUUCGUAUGAAACGUUUCAAAGUGUUUAGCAUGAGUGUGUGUAUGGUGCAAAGAGGGGUGGCGGGAUGGACGAUGAUGGUGGCAUGCUAUGCAACCUCCCGUUUUCCUUCUUUGUGUGUGUAGUGGUGUUGAGUGCCACGGACGAAGCUUGGUCACGAGGGGGUCAGAUAGAGCGAUGGAGGUUACGGUGUCGGGUGAACUCCCUUGGGAGUUCGUGAUCGGUGCCCUUUGCAUGCAUGUUUCCCCUAAUGUUUCUACUACAGCGUGAGUCGACAAUAUUGUGUAGAAGGAGAUCGCAGAAGAUCGCACAGCGGAUGGCGGUAAAGUUCGUUUAUCGGGUGGUGGUAAGGGUGCGCGUUUGUGGAGCUGUUGCUCAGUGGGUGGUGGGCGAACUCUCUCGGAAGUUCGUGAUUGGUGCCCUUUGCAUGCACAAUUCCCCCAAAUUAUACUCCAAAAUGAGUUGACAUUAUCGUGUAGAUGGAGGUAGCAGAAUAUCGCACAGCUGGUGGUGGCAAAGCUCGUUUAUCGGGUUGGGUGAGGGUGAAGGUCCAUUGGUAGUGUGCAUCUUGUUUAUGGAGCUGUUGCGUAGUGGGUGGCGGGUGAACUCUCUUGGAAGCUCGUGAUUGUGGUGCCGGUUGCAUGCACGUUUACCCCAAUGUUUACCUAGAUAUCGCGUGAGUUGACAUUUUUGUGUAAAAGGAGAUCGCAGAAGACCGGACAAAGGGUGGUGGCAAUUUUCGGUUUGCCGUGUGGUGGUGAGGGUGAAGGUCGAUUGGUAGGGUGCAUCGUGCUUGUGGAGCAAUUGCUUAGUGUGUGGCGGGCGAACUCCCUUGGAAGUUCAUGAUUGGUGCCCUUUGCAUGCGCCUUUCUCCCAAUUAUACUCGAAAUGAGUCGACAUUGUCGCGUAAAUGGGAUCGCAGAAGAUCGCAUUGAGGGUGGCCAAGUUCAUUUACCGGGUGGUGAUGAGGGUGAAGGUCGAUUGGUAGUUUCCAUCGUGUUUGUAGAGAUUGUUGCGAACGCCAAAACAGCUUAGAGGGUUCCGACCAUAGUCUCAAACUGCAGACUGCUACUUAGAUGGGACUUGUCCAGGGUUGGACGAAACGGCCGUGACUUCAGUAGUUCGAACAUGCCUCAACACUCCCUUGCUUAUCAAGAAAUCGUUCGUUCGAAGCGAUUGAAGGCGGUCACCGUGGUAUAUUAGGGUGCUCGUAGUCGGGAACCUGUGCUACACGGUAGUCGAGAGGUACUGCAGGACAAGCAGUUCUCCAAGGACGAAUCGUUUGUCUGGUUUCGAGGCAGGCCCAACUUUGAAGCCAGAGAAGGACUAUAGACUAUGUAGACAAAUACCACUGGCUAGAUAGAGUAGCCAUUGGGGGGCUACGGUCUCGAUCGUAUAAGCCAUUUAUCGU